GGAGGGGCCCGCCGAGGCGGCGGCGGCGGCAAGAUGGCGGACUUCCUGCCGUCGCGGUCCGUGCUGUCCGUGUGCUUCCCCGGCUGCGUGCUGACGAGCGGCGAGGCCGAGCAGCAGCGCAAGUCCAAGGAGAUCGACAAAUGCCUGUCCCGGGAGAAGACCUACGUGAAGCGGCUCGUGAAGAUCCUGUUGUUGGGCGCGGGCGAGAGCGGCAAGUCCACCUUCCUGAAGCAGAUGCGGAUCAUCCACGGGCAGGACUUUGACCAGCGCGCGCGCGAAGAGUUCCGUCCCACCAUCUACAGCAACGUGAUCAAAGGUAUGAGGGUGCUGGUAGAUGCUCGAGAGAAGCUUCAUAUUCCUUGGGGAGAUACUUCAAACCAACUCAGUGGAGACAAGAUGAUGGCGUUUGAUACCCGGUCACCCAUGGCGGCCCAGGGAAUGGUGGAAACACGGGUGUUUUUACAAUACCUUCCUGCUAUCAGAGCGUUAUGGGCCGAUAGUGGUAUACAGAACGCCUAUGACCGGCGUCGAGAAUUUCAGUUGGGGGAAUCUGUAAAAUAUUUCCUGGAUAACUUGGAUAAGCUUGGAGAACAAGAUUACACUCCAUCACAGCAAGAUAUUCUGCUUGCCAGAAGACCCACCAAAGGCAUUCAUGAGUACGACUUUGAAAUCAAAAAUGUUCCUUUCAAAAUGGUUGAUGUCGGGGGUCAGAGAUCAGAAAGGAAACGUUGGUUUGAGUGCUUCGACAGUGUGACUUCGAUACUGUUCCUUGUUUCCUCAAGUGAAUUUGACCAGGUGCUUAUGGAAGACCGGCUCACCAAUCGCCUGACAGAAUCGCUGAACAUUUUUGAAACAAUCGUCAAUAACCGGGUUUUCAGCAAUGUCUCCAUCAUUCUUUUCUUAAAUAAAACAGACUUGCUUGAGGAGAAAGUGCAAAUUGUGAGCAUCAAAGACUACUUCUUAGAAUUUGAAGGGGAUCCCCACUGUUUACGAGACGUCCAAAAAUUCCUGGUGGAAUGUUUCCGUAACAAGCGCCGGGACCAGCAGCAAAAGCCCUUAUACCACCACUUCACCACUGCUAUCAACACGGAAAACAUCCGCCUGGUUUUCCGGGAUGUGAAGGAUACGAUUCUUCAUGACAACCUCAAACAGCUUAUGCUACAGUGAUGUGAUGUACAAAAGACUUGCUGUUUUAAUAUCUUUCUGUGUUUUUGAUGGUCUUCUGUUUGUUUCGGUUUUGUUGUUCUUUUAUUAAAUAGCAGUUUACAGCAGAAAUUAGAGAAAUCUUGAUUCUAUGUUUAACUUCUUGGAAAUCUUAGUCCCUCUUCUGUGGAGUUUGAUUUAUGGCUGUGAGCUCCUGA